AUGAGUAAAGCCACUCCUGCUGCGAGACAAAUCCGUCGAUCUGACGCCCCAUUCCGCCUGGCCGUCGUCGGCUCCGGACCUGCCGGCUUCUACGCCUCUUACCGCGUUAUGUCACAGCUUCCACAGGCCAAGGUCGACAUGUACGAGUCGUUGCCUGUUCCUUUCGGCCUCGUUCGUUUUGGAGUCGCUCCGGACCACCCCGAGGUCAAGGUUGGAACUCUUGCAUCUUCAGCUGCAAACAUUGCGCGUCUGACUAACACACGGCAGAACUGUCAAGAUAAGUUCGAAGAAGUUGCUAGCUCGCCUAACUUUUCCUUCAUGGGCAACGUCUCCGUUGGCGACUCUGGUCUUUAUCACGAUAGUUGUACUGUUCCUUUCACCACCUUACUACGCAACUACGAUGCUGUGUUACUGGCGUAUGGGGCUGCCAAAGACAGAACCCUCGGCAUUCCUGGAGAGUCUGGCCUCCGUGGCGUCUACUCAGCCCGCCAGUUUGUGGGCUGGUACAACGGACUUCCGGAAUACGCCGGACUUGUGCCGGAUCUCACGAAGGGCGAGGAAGCUAUCAUCAUAGGUCAGGGCAACGUGGCUUUGGACGUCGCUAGGAUGCUCCUUGAAGAUAUCGACGUUCUGCGGCGAACUGACAUCACCGAAGAGGCUCUGGCUCAGCUUGCGACAUCUCGUGUCAAACGAGUCCGUAUUGUCGGAAGACGUGGACCAAUGCAGGCAGCGUUCACCAUCAAGGAGGUCAGAGAGCUGAUGAAGAUCCAAAAUGUUGCCUUUCAUCCUGUGGAUAAAACCCUUAUCCCCCAGAUAUCAAGUCACUGCCUAGAGCAGCAAGGCGCUUGA